AUGAGGCCUACUGAUCUGCUCGUGCUCGCUGCCGUCCUUCUCAUCCUCUCGCCCGCUGCGCACGCUACGGUGGAGUCCACCUGUAAGGCCGUCUCCGAUUAUGACUUCUGCGUGAAGACGUUGCAAUCGGAUCCCGCCAGCGCCACCGCCGACCUUCGUGGCCAGGCCGUCAUCGCCACCAACCUGUCCUCCGACAAGGCGGUGGAGGUCUUCGCUAAGAUCCAGACGCUGCUGAAGAGCUCGCAGGGCAAGGAAGAGAGGAUGUGCCUAUCGAUCUGCAGCGAGCUGUACGAAGUCCUGAUCCUUGACCUCAACAAGGCGAGGAGCGCCAUCAAAGAGAGCCGCAAGGGCGACGGCAUGAGCGCCCUCAGCGCCUGCUUUGAUGCGCCGAGCAACUGUGAGAGUGCGUUCGCAGAAUUAAGUUUUACGUUGUCGAUGCCGUCGCCGCUGAAGGCCGAUGACAAGGAUCAAGAGCAGCUCUGCAGCCUCACCUUGGAACUUGCUCAUUUGUUUUUUAACUAA